AUGCCUUUCGACUUCAAGGCCUACGACCAGAAAUGCCAGGGCUUGACGCUCGAGGAACUACAGCGAGAAUGGGAGCACUACACCCGUCUAAUCUCGGGCGCUGCCACGUCGACUGCGGUGUCGGGAUGCGCUAUUCCCCUCACACUCGGCGUCUCGACCAUUGGCGUAGCGAUGGCAGCACCGGCGAUUCACAACGCACGAAAGAAACGCGAGAUCAUCGAACGACAUCUCAAUCGACUUAACGCGACGCAUAAAACACGAAAGCGCGAUGUGCUUGGAAGUAUGGCAGUCAGCGGAACGAUCGGCGUCGUCACCCUUGGCGUUGGAAGCAUGGGUGCUGAUGCCGUUGCGACUGCUGGUGCAGAGCACGGCAUUCAGUCCAUCGUAGCGAACGAGACUGCUAUUAAGCUCGUGUCGCAUGCUGCGCUCGAUGGCGCGGGGAUGAUGGUUGAACAUAAGCAUACGGAUCAUUUGAAGAAGAAGGAUGCGCGAAAAGCGUUUCAGAAGGCUGGCGUUUUCCAGGCUGUUCAGGAUGCUAAGGCUGCUGAGGCGGGGUAUACGAUUCAGCCGUAUCAGAACAAUGGGCAGGUUUAUGCUGCUGGGAGUUCAUAUCAAGCAAUUCCUCCGCCGCCGCCGUAUAAUAUUGCCGUUGGUCAGACACCUGGAUUGCCAACUUACAAUACUACACCGAAUGGGUACCCUCAGGACCUCAAAGCUCCAGUUCAUCAGCAAGUUCAGCAGAGUCAGACUUACUUGACACCGCAUGUCACUGGACAGCAGCCAAUGCAACAGCCGUAUGACUACCCACAGCAACAAGUCCCGACAUAUGGUGCACCAUCGCCUAUGCCUCCGGCGAACACGCAGAUGUUCUCAGCACCUCAGACUCCAGCCGUGCAGUACCCUCCCCAGACUAUGCAUGCACCAAACAUGCAGCCAGCACAACCGCAGCCUCUCUACCACCAACAGACAGGCGUUCCGCCCUAUAACCUUGCUGUGACACCGCAACCGUUCAACAUGGCUGCCAUGCACCAGGCUCUCCCCCCUGCUACACCAGCGCCAUCAACUCCGUAUCAACAGCCGCAGGUUCAACAAACCCCGAGUAUGGUCUUGCCUACACCUCCUCAGGAUAACCCUCAAGGAUAUGUGACUCAACAGGUACAGCCGCAGCCAACUGGACAGAUCGCAGGUGCACCUCAAGCGGGAUACUUCCCACCUGCCCCGGCAACGCCAGCCGGAUAUCCACCUGCUGUCACUGUCCCUCAUCAACCAACGCCGCAGCCUACUUCUGUAGCCCAGGUGCCGCCGCCUGCUGACACAGCCAAUGUCUACCAGACUCCGGUGCAACAUGUUGUUCAGCAGCAGACCGGAUAUCAGCCUUCACCAGCACCAGCUGUCCAACCGCAGUAUCAGCAGCAGCCCGAAUAUCCAACGCCCCAGCAUACAGGCACUUCCCAGCAAAGUCCAGCGCCUGCGCCCGUAGACCGAGGAAGCUCAUUCAUUGCCCCGCACCAACCAGCCUAUGCUCCCCAUGCACCAUACAAUCCUCAAGAUUGGGCUCCUAAGCCUCAACCAGCAUAUACGCCUCAGGCUCCUAGCAUAGCCAGUCCGGCCGCACCAGCAAUCCAGUAUCAGAUGCCACCGACUCCUCUCCCGACUGGCUCAACAGUGAACCAGUACCAAUAUGACAACAAAGGUUCAUACUUCCCAGCACAACCUCAAACCCCUCAAAUGACAGGACAAAACCCGCAACAAUAUCCACCAGGGAAUUAUUCCGGGGCCCCGAUGCACAAUCCUGUACAGGUGACGCAAUAG